GGAUUACUAGUGACUAGACCUGCCUCCACCAUCUGUAGGUCACGAUGGGUUGACCUAGUGAUUCGACGAGUUCAUCGAGAAAAACCACUAGUAGAACCAGCUCCACACAGGGGCGGGGUGCUGUUUUCUUGCGCAGAUAUGUUGGAGGUGAUGAAGAAGGCGGUGAAGUUCAAUGUCGAGCUCACCGUGGAGGAGCAGAACCUGCUGUCGAUGGGAUACAAGAACCUGAUUGGGCCGUGUCGAGCCGCGUGGAAGGUGUUCAACUCGAUGGCGCAGAAGGAGAAAGCUAAGGGGAAUGAGCAGCACGCGAAGAUGAUAAAGGAGUACAGGUUGAAGGUGGAGUCGGAGCUCUCUGACAUCUGCAGCGACGUCAUGACUGUGAUCGACGAGCAUCUCAUUCCGUCUUCGACGACCGCAAAAUCGUUGGUCUUCUACAACAACAAGAUGAAGGGAGAUUAUUACCGCUAUCUGGCAGAAUUUAAGACGGGAAGCAAGAACAAGAAUGCUACAGAUCAAUCCUGAAAGCGUAUGAGGUACCCUUUUUAUCCUGAAUGGUCUCUCAAAUUUUGCUACUAUUUUCAAUCCUAGAUCUGUUUUGCCUCUAAGAUUAUCAGCACGUCAAUGUACAGUAAUUAAGAUGAACCCCUUG